AUGAGACUUCAUUCAUGGACCCCCACACCGGCAUUCUUUCCCAGACAAAGCCAAGACCUGGAGUUUCUUCGGGAGGAACAGCCACCUCCAUGCCUUCCACAGAGAGUCCUUUGUUCAUUUGCUGAAGGAACUGUGGAUGAGGAGAAGGAAAUUCCCAGACAGCUCAGGAAUCAUAAGGUGCUGGCUGUAAAGGGGUCCUGGGGAUGCAACAUCCCAGCAGUAUUUAUGAGAUUCAUGAUGUGUGGAGGCUGAGCCAAGUCUGGGCCCCAGUUCACGAAGUCAUAGACGAAGGAGGAUGCUUGGCACAGUUCCGUAUUACCUCUCACAGGGGUGACUACAGUGGCGCAAACAGGACCAACCUCCAGGCCAAGACAGGGAAUUAGGGCAGCAGUGCGCCCUUCGGGGCUGUCAGAGUGUCAAGCGGUGGGCAUGCCUGUCUGCCACACCCCAGUUAAAUCACUCCAUCUGAUGAUGACGGAGAACCCCUGGGGUCACCGGAGUGUGGUCAGCUGCAACAGCCCCAGCAGUUGCAGCAGGGGUGACCCCGCUCCCUCUUACCCCAAGCCCCCCCCAAAGGUAGGGCUCUGUGUCCCGGGUCCUGACACGUGAGAAGACUUGGGGAGGGCGACAGCGUCAGAGGCAGCUUUCAGCAAGCAGGUGGUCCAGAGCGCUCAGCAUCACUAAACCCAACGCUCUGUGUCCGGAGCAGGGCGGUCUGCAGCCUGGGAAGCCUGACGCAGGCUCGCGCAUCUACCGUGCGCUUCAUUAAGGGUCCACCUAAUCAGACAGCGUUGGUCUCCGUGGAGACAGCAUCGCAGCGACCCGCUACGAUCGUAUCUUCGGGGCCGGCUGGGGCCUAGCGGCGGCUUCGCCGUCUACGGCUUCGCAUUCUGCGGCGCGGGGCCCUGCGCGGCCGCCGUACACGGGCGGAUUACGGAGGCCGCAAAGUGGGAGCGACGGGCUCCCGGCCGGCGCGGGGCCGCCAUGGGCAACCUGUUCGGCCGCAAAAAGCAGAGCCGGGUUACCGAGCAGGACAGGGCCAUCCUGCAACUGAAGCAGCAGCGGGACAAGCUGAGGCAGUACCAGAAGAGGGUCACACAGCAGCUGGAGAGGGAGCGGACUCUGGCCAGGCAGCUGCUACGGGAUGGCAGGAAAGAACGGGCCAAACUGCUGCUCAAGAAGAAGCGGUACCGGGAGCAGCUGCUGGACCGAGCGGAGAACCAGAUCAGCAGCCUGGAGGCCAUGGUUCAGAGCAUUGAGUUCACCCAGAUCGAGAUGAAGGUGAUGGAGGGGCUGCAGGUGGGGAACGAGUGUCUAAACAAGAUGCACCAGGUGAUGUCCAUAGAAGAGGUGGAGAGGAUCCUGGACGAGACUCAGGAGGCUGUGGAGUACCAGCGGCAAAUAGAUGAGCUGUUGGCAGGAAGCUUCACUCAGGAGGAUGAGGAUGCCAUCUUGGAGGAACUGAAUGCAAUCACUCAGGAGCACACUGAGCUGCCAGAGGUCCCUUCAGAGCCACUUCCUGAACUAAACCCAGAGAAAGCCCCUGUCAAGGCCAGACCCAGGCAGGCAGAGCUGGUGGCAGCCUCGUAACCUGGCCUCUCCUGGGACUCACUGGAUUCCCCGAGGACUGGCCCUCAGAGCGUUUGGCCGUGCGGUGGCCCUGAAGGCUCCCAAGAGGCCCCACAGGCCAAGCCAGCCAGUGCAGACAGUGCUGACAGCUCGAGCAGCGCUCACACGGGCCCGAACUUUCAUCAGGAUGCCGACAUUGAAGCCCUCAGCCAGGCCCGUUCAGGCUGUGGUGCCCACGCAGCCCACCACUCCUGGUGCUCUUCUCUGCUCACGGAGCUCCACGUGACCGCUCUGCUGUGGGGACGUGCGUCAGACCUCGGGGUCCCUAUGCUUCCUUCUCACUUCGCUGCUGCUCAUGUGAGCUGGUGGGGGCUUCAGUGAAGGUGUCCUCACCUUGCCUGGCAUCUUGACAUCCCUCAGUUUCCCUGCAGGCUAGUGGCAGAAAUCCCAGAAAACGGCAUUUUCCAAACCUCUUGGUGCCUCUUCGGCUCCUUUGAUGCAGCCUCUUGAGUUUGGUGGAGGUGGACCGGAGGCCGUCCUUGUUGAGUGGACUUCACGCUUCCUCGCUUGUGAAUACAUUCACUGAAGAAACGUCCUGAAGGUGGUGGCAAGAUCCUGUUCCAGCCAGCUUCCCUUCACAGUGUGCCCACGGGAAUCCUGGACACUGGAGGCUGCCGGCCCCUGUGUCAUCAGCCGCUGGGACAGGAGACGCAGAGCUGGAGAUGACUUCUCGUGCCCUGUGUUUGUUUGAUAGUGGACAAUCUUGGGUCCUUGGGUCUGUGAGGAGCACAGGGCAGCCUUCAGGGCCUACCAGGAAAGGAGGGCAUCUCUUCCUUAACCCCAAACAGGUCAACCCCAGUAUUAAAGUUGACCCCUGCAUGACCUUUC